AUGGGUAGGAUAUAUAUCCAUCUCAAGAAAAAGAUUCUGCCAAACCGUUGGGCUAAGCUGUACAUGAAUGACGAAGAAGACAAGCCUGGAAGAGUCCAGCUCUGGAAGGAAAUGCACGAGAAAUAUGAAAAAUCUUUGGAAACCUACGCUAAGCAGUUUAGAGAGGAAGAAGAUGACUAUGAUGACUUCGAUUACUUUGUAGCAAGGGAAGAGGGCAGACAUAUUGAGCCAAAAUUGAAACAUAGCAAAGUUGAGACACAUCAAUUCGAGACUGUUGAUGUGAAGGACCAGAUUGAGUCAGUAGAUAUUACAGACCAAGUGGGGGAUUAUUUCAACCGUCCUGGCGCUAAAGAAGCAAUGUUCAAUGCAGCAAUGGGUAGAAGAGAUGACUACAAUUAUGAUGAAUAUGAAGAAUGGGAUGAAGAAGAGUACGAAGAGUAUGAACAUUCUGAAAGAAAUGACUAUUAUGAAGAAGAGGAUGGACAUACAGAUGAUCUCUAA